UGUGAGUGUAACUUGGUACACAAAUUAAACAUGAAGUUGAAUAAUCUGGCACUAGUUGUUGUUCUAACAGGGACCAUUUUGGGAAAUGGGAUAAUUAGAGGGUGUGAUUGCAAGAUUGUGCAGUUCAUAUUUGGUGACUCCCUCUCUGAUGUUGGAAACAACAAACGCCUCAAUAGAAGCCUUGCUCAGGCCAGCCUCCCUUGGUAUGGUAUUGAUUUUGGUAACGGAUUACCCAACGGAAGGUUUACUAACGGCCGCACCGUUGCAGAUAUUAUAGGUGACAAUACUGGCCUCCCUAGGCCUCCAGCAUUCCUAGACCCAUCUCUAACCCCAGAAAUUAUUCUAGAAAAUGGAGCGAACUAUGCUUCUGGUGGUGGUGGCAUUUUGAAUGAAACUGGGCAGUAUUUUAUCCAGAGGUUUUCUCUGUACAAGCAAAUUGAGCUAUUUCAGGGGACACGAGAACUAAUUGAGGCCAAAAUUGGAAACAGUGCGGCACAAAAGUUUUUUCAGGAAGCUAGAUAUGUUGUUGCGUUAGGGAGCAACGAUUUUAUCAACAAUUACUUAAUGCCUGUUUACAGUGAUUCAUGGACUUACAAUGAUGACACUUUCAUGGACUACUUGAUAGGAACACUCAGAGACCAACUCAAGUUGCUUCAUGGGUUAGGAGCAAGGGAACUAAUGGUAUUUGGGCUGGGCCCAAUGGGCUGCAUUCCACUUCAAAGGGUGCUAACAACAAGUGGAAACUGUAGAGAGAAGGCAAACAAAUUGGCUCUUUCUUUUAAUAAAGCAACAAGCAAGGUGGUAGAUGAGUUGGGGCAGCAGCUUCCUGGUGCAAAAUAUGUAUUUGGAGAUGCAUAUGAUGUUGUUUAUGAUGUCAUCAGCAAUCCAAUGAAGUAUGGAUUCCAAAAUGCAGAUUCACCGUGUUGUUCGUUUUGGAACAUACGACCUGCACUUACAUGUGUGCCUGCAUCGAAAUUGUGCAAAGAUAGAAGCAAGUAUGUGUUUUGGGAUGAAUACCACCCCACUGACAGUGCCAAUGAGCUAAUUGCCAAUGAGCUCAUCAAGAAAUUCGGAUUCACACGUGUUGAUCAAACCAUUCAUAAUAAUAAUGCUCCCUCACCAGCACCU